AUGGAUAAUCCAGAAUCUAGCUCAUCGACGCGACUGAACCAAGAUCCACCUACAUCUUGGUGUCACCCUGCUCAUAGAGUUCACAGAUUUUUAGCUCUUAUUCUUAUGUGUUUCCUUUGUUUUGGUUCAUAUUUCUGUUAUGAUACACCGGGCGCUCUGGCCGACAACUUCAAAGGUGACUCACAUCUAAACACAUCCCAGUUUGCGCUGCUCUACUCUAUAUACUCAUGGCCUAAUGUAAUAUUAUGCUUUAUUGGCGGUUAUCUCAUUGAUAGAUAUUUUGGUGUGAGAUUGGGUACAAUAAUUUAUAUGACCAUAGUAUUCAUUGGAGCAGUGGUUUUUGCUUUUGGAGUUUACAUUAAUCAAUUUUGGCUCAUGAUACUUGGAAGAUUUAUAUUUGGUAUCGGCGGGGAGUCUUUACAAGUAGCGGUUAACAACUAUGUAGUUCUUUGGUUCAAUGGAAAGGAACUUAAUAUGGUGUUUGGACUACAAUUGUCGUUCUCAAGAUUUGGUAGUACUGUGAAUUUUUGGGUCAUGGAACCUAUUUACAAAUGGGUGGCUACCUAUUAUUCCGGCUAUGAGAAACUUGGUGUAACUUUGUUUAUAGCCUCAUUAACCUGUCUCGGUUCUCUCAUUUGCGGUCUGAUUCUGGGUUGGAUGGACCAUAGAGCUGAGAAAAUGUUAAACAGACAAGAAGCUCAAGCUAAGGACGAACCAUUCAGACUCAUUGACAUAUUCAACUUCAAGCCAGUGUACUGGCUCGUGUGUGUUAUAUGUGUGGCCUAUUAUUUGGCUAUAUUCCCUUUCAUUGCAUUGGGAAAGAUGUUUUUCGAAAGGAAAUUCGACUUUAUGCCUCAAGAUGCUAACACAGUCAAUUCCAUGGUAUAUCUGCUGUCUGCGGCACUGAGUCCAUUUUUCGGUAUCCUCAUAGAUAAGACUGGUAGGAAUGUAACUUGGGUCAUACUCAGUAUAGUUACAACUAUUGGAUCACAUUUCCUGUUGGCAUUCACAUUUAUCAAUCCGUAUGUUGGAGUGAUGUCAUUAGGAAUUUCCUAUUCCUUGCUAGCCAGUGGUCUGUGGCCGCUCAUUGCCAUGAUUGUACCUGAGAAUCAGUUGGGAACAGCAUAUGGCAUAUCUCAAGCCGUCCAAAACAUGGGUCUGGCCACAGUUCUCAUUUUAGCUGGAAUCAUUGUUGAUAAAUAUGGAUAUUUGAUGUUAGAAAUGUUUUUCCUGGGAUGUCUCUUCAUCUCUUUGAUAGCUGGUGUUGUUAUAUAUAUCGUGGAUUCAGCAAACAAUGGUAUUCUCAAUCUCUCUCCAAGUGUCAGGGAAGCUUAUUUAAAUAAGUCAGCAAACCGUGCUGAAGAGACAGCCAAUCUCCUAGAUCACGUGGACAGCUCGGAUCAAGAAGAAGUUGACUCGCGAUUGACCAAUCAGCAGAGCUCCCAAUUGUCCAAUCAGAACGCUGGAAUCGAAUCGUCCGGGGAUUUCCCGCGGGACCCUGCGCAGGCGCAUUCCGACAGAAUACGAUCUAGAUACAUAUCGCAACUACUGCCCUCUACCAUUCCAGACAGAUCCUAA